GGCUAUUUGAUGAAAAACGAUGAAAAGAGCACCUAACCUGUACAAACAUAGUGAAUCACAUAAACAAUCAAUCAACAAUUUGCAAGCUGAAGUUGGAAUUUUUUAAAAAAUUAAUAUAUAAGCUCCUAGUGGGUUUAUUGGCCCCAAUGUCACUGCGAACCACCAAAGAAGUGGACCCCAUUAAAAACGAGAGAAAUGGCAGUGUUAGAGAAGUGGGAUGUCAGGCCAUUUGGAGCCUCUCCUCCUGCAAGCCUGGUUUUGGAGUGGACCAGCUAAGGGACGAUAGAGCCGAUACCUACUGGCAGUCGGACGGCCAGUUGCCCCAUUUGGUGAACAUCCAGUUCCAACGAAAGACUACUAUUAGUGAUAUUUACAUUUACACCGACUAUAAGCUGGAUGAAAGUUACACCCCAAGCAGGAUUUCCAUUAGAGUGGGGACGCAUUUCAACGAUAUCCAGGAGAUUGAAGUUAUACCUUUAAUUGAACCAGCAGGUUGGGUGCAUGUGUCCAUUAGGGAUCUUCGGGAUAAACCCAUUAGGGUGUUUAUGAUUCAGUUAGCGGUUACAAGCAAUCACCAGAACGGCAGAGACACUCACAUGCGGCAAAUCAAAAUUCACAGCCCCAUCGAACAUUCAGGUGUAGGAUUCGAACAGUUCGGGCGAUUUUCCACUGUAGAAUUCCAACAGCAUGCGACAAUAAGAUGAAUGCAACACGAUUUUGUUCCUUUUGUAAGUACUCUGUGUUCCUUUUGUAACUUGCUAUUGUUUUAUUAUGAAGCGAAAGUUGUACACAUUAAGCGCCUGAUUUAUUCUGACAGAGUGAAUGAAAAAUUCGACUUUAUUGAACUUUUUACUACUUUUGCAUGCAAAUAAAUACUAUGUUGGGCAAAUGCG